UCGGACGGUUGUUUUUCAAAAGCGCGCCACUUUCAACAUGUCUAUCAAACAGUUGCAGGUGAAAUGAAGUGACUGAACAUAAAUAAAGAGCUUUCCGGCUGGAAAUGCACUGGUAUAUAAGACCUGCUUGUCAAUGAGUUUUUUGAAUACAUGUGAUAAACAGUAAUUUGUUAUCUAUUUUAUUUAAGAGCAAAUCUUUGGGCCAAGUGUCAUGGAUUAAGAGAUAGCCUACCCAUUUAUUCAAGUCUCAUUUACAACUUACACAUUUACAAAAUAAAACAUUCCCAAUAUGGCCGAGCGUAAGUUCACAAGCCUGCGUAAAAGGCUUGACCAGCUUGGAUACAGACAGCCUCUUGGAAUGGAUUCAGUUCCAUUAGUGGAGAAAAUAUUUAGUGAUCUUAUCCACACAACAGAGAGCUUGAAGAAUGCUAAAGUUCAACUCGGUCGUCAGAGCAGAAAUGGCACCAGCCUUUCCGAACACGAUUCUAGUGAACCAUACCGAAGUGAUAACGCAAAACUAGUUAGGGAAAAUAAUGAUCUUCAUCUUGAACUUAUCAGACAAAAAGAGGAUGCAGAACACAAAUUUAAAGACUUGAAAGAAAAGCUUCGAAAACUUGAGCACGAGAACUCAGAUCUGAAAUUUCUUAAUUCACAAUAUGUCCAUAAAGUUAGGGCACUGGAAAAAGACCUUCGAAGUAGGACAGAAAAAAUCCAAGAACUCCAUGAAAAAAAUUUGCAUGCUGUUGUCGAGACUCCAGGUGGAAGGAAAAAGCAAAUACCAUACAGGAGACAACGUAUGGACAUUGACUCUUUGGUGACUAAAAGUGAAACCACAACUACAUCAGAGGACACUGCAGAUGACCCAUACAUUGCAGACCUUCUUGGUGUUGCUGAUGAAAAAAUCCAUAGGUUACAGAUAAACGUCAGUAAGGCCCAAGAAGAAAAAGAGGCAACUGAGCGUAGGAACAAAAGUCUUCACAAACAGUUGGAAGCCAGAGACAGAGAGAUUAAAAGGCUUCAUAGUCAACUUGAAGGUGGUAGGCCUGUUGGUGCCAUUUUGAAAGACAGUAAACAAGAAAGUAGUGACAGAGUUAUUGCUCAUUUAAAUGUUCAGGUCGAUUAUUUGCAACAAGCCAAUCGUGAUUUGGAACAACAAAUCAAAAGCACAUUGGAUGCUGAGCAUGAAGCCACAACUAAGUCUAAAGAACUUCGCGAAAAGAACGACGAGUUAUGUGCCGAGCUGAGAAGGCUCGAUAAAGCUGUUAAAACGAUUGAGGAAAAGAGCGAAACGGAACAAGCAGUUUUACGAAGACAAUUCAGAGAGCUUCAGGAAGACCUUGAAGAGAAGCAUCAGAGUAACCUCGAUAUCCAAGCAGAGUUGCAUCGCGUUAGAAAGGAGCGUGAAUCUAUUAUUGAUGAAAGCGAAAAGUUGACUUCAUUACUUACGGCAUCCAAAGAGGACAUCAAAAACGUUUCUGAACUGCUAGAAAGAACAGACAAGGAAAAGCGUCGAUUACAAGAGAAGAACGCAAAAUUAACCAUCACAGAGCGUGAGCUGGUAAUGGAACUUGAACGUUUGAAGUUAUCGAAGUCUGCUAAUCGAAAAGUUGGAAAGUCGCCAGAUCGUAUUGAAUUGCUAAUUCGAAAUUUGGAAGAUGAAAGAGACCAUUAUAAAGACGAGUGUCAAAUACUUCAGGACAUGAUCAGAAAGAGGAUAGCUGGAAGAGAGGUUGCCAAGUCACCGUCAUCUCGGAAAGGAAAGGCCCACCUCGAAGGAAUGCUUGAACUAAUGCAAGAGGAAAGAGACUUCUAUAAACGAGAAUACGAAUUGAUGCGAAAUCUUAAAGAAAAGCAGGGAACCUAUCGAUCACCCCCGACUAGAGACAAGCCUACGGAUAAUUCAAAUGAAGUUUCGCGGCUGCGGAGAGAAAGGGACGAGCUGCAGUCAAUGCUCGAAAAGUUCGAAAGGCACCUUGCAAGCAUUCAAAGUAACGUGCAAAAUCUCACAACCGAAAAGGAAAACAUUCAGUUACUUUAUGAACAGGCAACUGACGAAAUUCAAAGACUGCGACGUCAGCUGUCACGUGCCAGAUCUCCGUCUCCUUCGAAGAGGAUAUCUUCUAUAUUGGAGCGAGUUGAGAAGGAAAGGGACGAGGCCCUAGAAGAAGUAAAAAGGAAGAGGUCCGAGGUCCAGACCCUUGAAAAUCAAUUGAAUACGGUGAAAACUGGUCAAAGUUUAGAGAGAUCGAAGUAUGACGACAGUCGAGCAGACUUGGAAAGAAUCAUUGAAAAGAUUGACCGCGAGAAGUCUGAGCUACAUACGCGGGUAACGUCCUUGCGUGAGAUGGUUGCCAACUUAGAGGAACAACUGAAGUCUACAACGUCAUCGCUAAGGAACAGUAGGGAAGUAACUGCAGAUAAAGAAGCGGAAAUAUCAAAGCUGAGGCUACUGUUAGAACAGUCGGAGAGAUCAGGAGAUGAGUUGAAAAGGAGAUUGGAAAAAAAGAUAGGCGAGCUACAAAAGAUAGAAUCGGAUAAAUUUUCUGUUGAAGAGUUGCAAGCUGAUCUUGAAAACGAGGUUGACACACUGAGAGAAGAGGUCUUGCGACUUAAAGGCAUGGUUAGCUCAUUAGAUCGAGAACGAGACUUGCUGCAACAAGAAGUUGAUCAGAAAGCCGAACUAUUAGUUGAAGCGGAAUCCAAGAGGGCGAAACUGGAGAGAGCUGAAAAUGACUUGAAGAUUAACAUUGAAGAAUUAGAGGAAAGGCUGAGGCAUAAAGAACAUGACGUCACAUCAAAUAACCGAGAGAUCAAGAGUCUCUCCAAGCAGGUUCGAUCAACUGAAGAUGAACUGGCUGCCAUUACAAGAAAUCGUGACUCGAUUAUCAAGGAGAACAAGAGACUACAGAGUGACCUUACUCUAAUGACAGAGGAAAACCAGAAUGUUCAUCGGGACUUACAAGAUGCUUUGGACGAUCAACAAGUUCUCAAUGCACAAGUUUCUGAGUAUGCUAGCCAAGUGGCUCGAAUUGAAGACCUUUUGGCUGAAAAGGAACAAGAGAAGAACGAUUUGUUAAUGCAAUUUCAAACAUUGACAAACCGGGCAGAAGUUCUGGAGACGAACGUCCAGCAAACCACAGGGGAAGCAUCAACGUACAGAAAAGAAAUACUUCAGAAAGAGCAGGAAAUAAGCCGACUGAAAGAUCGUUGUCAUGGUCUUGAAGAAGAGGUCGAUCAGUAUAUCACGGCCCAGGAUGCAUACGAGCAGCAAUUGUCAUCUAUGGCAAAAUCUUUGAGCAAUAUGGAAGGACAGUUGAGACAAGUUAACCAAGAAAAGGAAACAUUGCAGCAAGAUGUAAAUGCCGUUAGAGAACUUUGCGUGAAGUUGGACCAAGCCAGGGACACGCUCACCAGACAGUUAGCCUCAAAAACAGACGAUGAAUCACAGUUACAACAGUUUGUGGAGGAAGCCAGAAAUGAAUCUGAGAACUUACGUAGACAAUUGGUACAGCAGCAAGAUAAUGUCAGAUCCAUGGAAAAUAUUUUAUCAUCAAACAGAGAAAAGCAAUUCUACGAACAGCAAACACACGACGAGACACUCUCUGAAUUAGAUCGAAUACGAACAGCAUUGUUAAAAGCAGAAAGAGACAGAGAUUCAAAAGAUGUUGAUGUGAAAUCACUCAGAAAAACAGCAGAAAAACUACGAGAAGAGGUCGAACAUCUCAGAAAGCAGUUAACAUCAGAAAAAUAUGAAAGAGAAAGACAGUCUCAGGAGCUACGUAAAAUUGGUGUUUCACCAAAAGGUAGCACAUAUACAAGUGAUUAUCCAACACAAAGCAUUCUAGCUGAUCGAACAGCAAAGACUGAUUACUUGUCUUCCAUACUGAACUAUACCACUGCAGGAAAUAAGAGCAAGGAAUCUGCUCCCCCUUCACCUGUUAGGCCUGCAAAAGGCGAUUUGUAUUCACCAACCAAAACUUCUGUAAAGGAUUAUUCUUCUGAUGGGACACCUGGCAAAGGGAGGUAAUACAUUUCAAUAUUAGUGACAUCUUCUACUUGACAUUUCUACUUGAGACAAGCAUCACAUAGAGAUGGACAAAUAUUUAUCUAUAUGUAUCAAUAAUACAGCAUUUUUGCUGUUGAUAACCAUAGCAAGUAUUUUUAUAUAAUUUGAUGAAAUUUCACUGAUAACUUAGGCUUUUGUUUCAAAAACGGGGACAAUUAGCAUGAAAUCAAUUAGACCUUAUGAUGUUAUACGUGAUUUCAGUAUAAACAAUGCCAAAUGAAUCUUAUGCCCUUUCCUGUGCACUGUAUUAGGUUACAACACCAUUAUGUAAUUCCACUACUAAUGCUUUCUCAAAAUUUUUGCUGAUUUUAUUAUGUAUACUUAACCCUUUUCCCUAUCACAUUCUACCACGAGGCAAAUCAAUAUUUUCCUUUUGUAAGUCCAUUUUAAUUAUCGUUUACCACAAAAAAUCCCCAAGUCUUAUUGGUUUACAAUGUAAUGUAAAUAAAUUAUAUAUCAACUUGCUUAUAUUUUAGCCAUUUAAUAUACAUUUUCACUCAUUUUUAUUGUACUACCAUUUCAAAAUGUAAAUAAUAACUUUUUAGAUUCAAAGAAGCUUUAGCCUGUUUUA